CAGUGCAGGGACUCACCCAUCUUUCUCUGUCCUCCAAAACCAAAGCAACCACAAUCUGGAAGAAUACGUUAAAGCACCGAGACGCCUGGCCUCUCUCCCCGAUAAGAUAUAGCAGAGGCGACAACGGGAUGAGCGACAACGGCUACGAAUCGGAAAUGAUUGCCACGACUAGUGCUACCUCCUCGUACCAGAGGGUAUCCACCCGCGACGAGGCGAACAGCGGCGACGCCUCUGCGGACUUUCACGACGAGGACUCCGGAUCAUCGCGUGCCGACGACGAUGCCRACGAAACUCCCGGCCAGGGGUUUUUGGCGGCAGCCCUGCCGUCCUCCUCGUCCGCGAGGCACCCCCUCGCCAACUUUUUGGUCAUGUCCUUCCUGUUCAGCGCCAACCACGGGUGCGUCGUCAGCUGCAUGGCGCUCGCCUCGGCGCGGCUGGGCUCGGUGGGGGCCUGGCAGUCCGGCCUGCUCAUGUUUUCCUAUGCGGCCUCCUCCCUGCUGGGGGCGACGUACGCCGUCAAGACGAUGGGGGCCCGGAACUCCCUGGCGCUGGGAAUGCUCUGCUACUGCGCCUACGUGGGAUGUUUCUGGAUAGCGGCCCACGUGGACGAGACCGACGUGGAUCGGAGGGCCGUUGUUGCCUAUACCGGGGCGCUCAUUGGGGGCGUGGGUGCCGGCUUUUUGUGGACGGCCCAGGGGACCUAUUUUGGCCUGGCCAGCCAGGACUACGCGUCCAGGGCGAGCCGGAGCAGCGACGGCGGCAACGGGGACGGGGAAUCCGAGGCCGAGUGGCUGUCGGCCACCACGGCCCGGUUUGCCGGAUACUUUGCCUUUUUGUAUCUCACGGAGGAGCUCUUCCUGCGGCUGCUGUCCUCGGCCCUUCUGCAGCUGGAGCUGGCCUCYUGGGGGGCCAUCUUUGGAAUCUACACCCUCAUCACGGUAGCUUCUGCGGUGGCCGUGCCCUGUUGGGUGCACGACUACCCCGCAGAGGACGCUACCAGCCAUCGGCCGGACGAGAACCACAGCAGCAACGGGGACGAGGGCGAAAACGAGAUCGAGAUCGAUGGCGGCGAUCGUGUUGUCGACCACAAGAAMAGCAUCUUCUACAAGGUGACGGUAGCCUUCUACCUCCUCCGGGACGAUCCCAAGAUGAAGUACAUGAUCGGCCUCAACGCCGUCUUUGGCUUUGUCGCGGCCUUUCUAAACUCCUAYGUCAACGGGCAGGUCGUUCCGGUCGCCCUCGACGACCCCGACUCCAAGUACAUCGGGGUGCUGAACUCCAUGGUAUCGGCCGUGGCCGCCGCCGCCAGCCUCGUCUUUGGAAAACUGGCSGCGUCGUCGAGUGGCGGCGGCGAAGGGGGCAUCGGRGCCAAGGGCGCCAUUCUUGUGUUCGGGGCCCUCUGCUUUGGCGGGGUGGUCCUCCCCUUUUGCAUCCAGCCGGACGCGGCCGCCUACGCUUGGCCGUCUCUGAYCGUCGUCUAUGCCCUGCACGGGCUGGGCCGGGCGACCUUCGAGGGGACCCUCCGGUCGACCUUUGCCGAUUAUUUCAGGGAAGAAAAGGAAGGAGCCUUUGCCAACAUCAUCUUCCAGAACGGAGUUGCCAGCGGGAUCGGCUAUAUUCUGACCUUCUCGCUGGUCUGYGAUACACCGAGCAGGUACUGCAUCGAAUACAGCGACGGAAGGCUCCACGACGUCCUGACCUUUGAGCUCGUGGCGCUGGUGUCGGUGGUGGUGGCCAUCGGGGGCUACCUCCGCGCCUCGCACCUGCACCGGGCGGAGCAAGAACGAAGAGCGGGCGACGGAUACGGCUACUCGCGGCUCCGCCGCGAAGCGGCGCACGGGGACGGACGGGGYGGUGCCGCGGGGCUGCUGCGGGCCAGCGAGAACGGGGUUCCCGCAUAGACCGUGCGGUGCGGWGCGGAGCGCAACGCGGGGAACGCCAUGCCGCCGGGCAGGUCCGCCCGCCGAUUGGWAAUCGAUCGGUCCGGCAGGAGAGCAGCCGCGAAACCACUUGGGGCGGGCGAUGGAAACUGGACAAAACUACACCGUGCAUACCGACUAUAGUAUGAUUUAUGAUCAAUAGGUAGAAAGACUCGUUUGUCGUUUGAUGGAAUUAGAUCCCUGCAUAGUGAAUUCUUGUUUCACAGCAAAGUACUUCUGCCCAUGAAGCCGGUCGGUUCCACGUUUUCCGUAGCAAGAAGAUCACCACAAGCGUGGACGAGCGUCGACUUCGUAUACGCUCCGACUGGGGUGGUAACCAAGUGGAGUUCGAGGRAGCCGGGCGUGUCCAGCAGUGACAAGGWCUUGAGGUUCCMCCUGGUUUUGGCUGCACUUCAUGGUGGGUGGAUCGUUCCGUACUAGUCACACACAGCAUGCCAACAACUCRCAACGGAAGAAGCACGACAGGCAAGCGACGACGCGGCCUCUUGGUUUCGUUUGGUCGAAAAAUGACAUGGCUCCAUCCGCGUAUCGCAUCAYGAUGCUUCGCAACGGAUUGCAUUGGCAUCGUAUUCCUCUUGGAUCUAUUUUCUUUUGCGCUUUUUAGCAGAUAAUUUUUGCUCCUCGCAUUCGAACUUCUUUAGGGAAAAGACGCGGCUGUUUCGAAAGUCGGGUUGUCCAAAGAAGAGAUGCGCCCAUCGAUUCUUCCURUUUUUGUUUUUGGUGUGGACCUUAUUGCGGGGGAUAUUGUUCGGGGUGGUCGAGGRAGCAGUAUUCUUGCUCGUAUCGAUAGCAGUAUCUUUGUUUGCAGCAUGGGUAGCAUCGGCCGCAACCUUCGGUUCUUCUCCUUGUCCUUUGUCCCAACGGUCACGCUUCCGGUUUGAUUGCUCGGCAUCGAUACCGAUUCUGCUGUYCUGAUCGACGAAAUCGACAUUAGAAUCACGGCUGGCAACAUCAGCCGCCGAAGCUAUCUGACGC